CUGCCAGAAAUAGCUGGGGGAGUGAGGUCAAUAGUGUGCCAAGUGCCUGGGAAGUCUGAACCAGGACUAUUUGUGGGCACCACCAAAAACCUCAUUCUAGAAGGUGGACUGCAGUCCAAGUUCCAACCACUGGUUGUAGGUCAUGCCAAACAGCUCUGGGCUCUGGCUGUUCAUCCCAGUUUGCCAGUAUUCGCAUCUGCAGGCUUUGACAGAAACAUUCUCAAAUGGAAGAACCACAAACCAGAGUGGAGAGUGCAAUUCCAGAGCAAAAAAUGUCCACUGCUGAAAAUUGUUCUCAGGUUCAGUCUGAAUGCGCUUCUGCAAGUUUCAAUGAGGAUGGGAAGCUUCUCGCAGUGGGUACCAUUGAUGGUCAUGUGA